AUGCUGGAAAGCUGUGCUAGAAACACAGCAAAAUAUGCUGAUGAAACCAUGCACAAGCAGAACAUAUAUCGGAACCUACUAGUGAAUGAACGAUAUAAAUUUCUCAUUUGUCCGAUUCCAAAAAUUGGGAGUAGCUUUUUGAAAACAAUAUUCAAGAUAUUACAUCUUAAUUUAACCAAGACGGAUCCAACUACUUUGGUUGGAAAGGGCGACAUACACAGCGAACCAUUUCCAAAAUUACUGGACUUUGACACAACUGAACAAAAGAAAAUAUUGAGCACAUAUACAAAAGUUAUGUUUACUCGAGAUCCAUUGAGUAGAAUCUUCUCGGCUUAUCAGGACAAACUUGUCUCCACAAAUCUUAUAUAUUGGGGUAGUGGAAAGGGAAUUAUAAAAGCAUAUCGUCACAACCCAAGUAGUAAAUCGUUGUCCUGUGGACACGACACGAGAUUUGAGGAGUUCCUCGAUUUCUUGAUACACUUUUCUGAAAAUCAUAACAGCGACAAGAUGGAUAUUCAUUGGAAACCAGUACAUCUUCAAUGUGAUCCCUGUAUGAUCCAAUAUGAUAUCAUUGGAAAACUGGAAUCAUUUUAUGAUGAUAUGACCGAAACGCUGCGCACAAUUGGCGCACAGGACAAAAUAUACCUUCCAAAAGUUGACUCACUUAGUUUGGCCAUUCGUAAAGGUAUGAUGACUCACGAAAUUAAGUAUUCCUUUUCUCAGUUAAACGAAUUGAAUAAGUUAGGCUGCAUAUCCGAGAAAGAGUUUCCUCUAAGAGUUGUACAAGACUUUGUAAGCCACGGUUACAUUGGACAAUUGGGUGAAAAAGAACGACUAGAGUUGUCAAAGAUAGCGUCUGGACCGACCAAUGCAACAUAUUUGACAAAAUGGAUAUUUAAGCAAAUGGAGAAAAGCGAUAGCAGUUACUUGCGGAACUUGCCAAAAGAGACAGAGAAAGCAGCUUAUAAGAAUCUUGCAAAGGACAUGUUGUUGAGACUUAAAGUGGCCUACCUCCACGAUUUUACACUAUUUGGAUAUGACUUCUAAGGCAUCGUUAUGAAACUUGGCCAGUUAUACGGAAAUAUGUAAUAAAUAUUCACAAAUAAGCUAUAGGUGUACAUUACCACUUUGUGACCAAUCAGAAAGCAGUAUACCAACUACUCUGCAUUCGUUCGACUUCGCUUCUUGAAUGAGAGUUUCGUUCUAACUAGACUCUGCACGCAGGGUAUAUUCCAACGGU